AGGGUGAAGUGAAGAAGUGAAGCCUCCCAGCUGAACUACUAUGAGGUCAGAAGCCUUGCUGCUAUAUUUCACACUGCUACACUUUGCUGGGGCUGGUUUCCCAGAAGAUUCUGAGCCAAUCAGUAUUUCGCAUGGCAACUACACAAGACAGUAUCCGGUGUUUGUGGGUCACAAACCAGGGCGGAACACCACGCAGAGGCACCGGCUGGACAUCCAGCUGGUCAUGGUCAUGAACAGGACCCUCUACAUUGCUGCUAGGGACCAUAUUUAUACUGUUGAUAUGGACACACCACAUACAGAAGAAAUUUAUUUUAGCAAAAAAUUGACAUGGAAAUCUAGACAAGCUGAUGUAGACACAUGCAGAAUGAAGGGAAAACAUAAGGAUGAAUGUCAUAAUUUUAUUAAGGUUCUCCUAAAAAGAAAUGAGGAUACAUUGUUUAUCUGUGGAACAAAUGCAUUCAACCCUUCUUGCAGAAACUACAAGAUGGAUACCCUGGAGUUUCUGGGAGAUGAAUUCAGUGGAAUGGCCAGGUGCCCCUAUGAUGCAAAGCACGCCAACGUUGCAUUGUUUGCAGAGGGAAAGCUGUACUCUGCCACAGUGACUGACUUCCUUGCAAUAGAUGCAGUCAUAUACCGGAGCCUUGGAGACAGCCCAACUCUGCGGACAGUUAAACAUGACUCCAAGUGGUUGAAAGAACCAUACUUUGUCCAAGCAGUGGACUAUGGCAAUUACAUUUACUUCUUCUUCCGGGAAAUAGCAGUGGAGUACAACAGCAUGGGAAAGGUAGUUUUCCCAAGGGUGGCUCAGGUUUGCAAAAAUGACAUGGGAGGAUCUCAGAGAGUGCUGGAAAAACAAUGGACUUCCUUUCUAAAAGCUCGUUUGAACUGCUCGGUUCCUGGAGAUUCACACUUCUAUUUUAACAUACUGCAGGCAGUUACAGAUGUUAUCCGUUUCAAUGGCCGGGAUGUUGUUUUAGCAACGUUCUCCACUCCAUAUAAUAGCAUCCCUGGCUCUGCAGUCUGUGCCUAUGACAUGCUUGACAUUGCCAAUGUAUUUACUGGGAGAUUCAAAGAACAGAAGUCUCCAGAUUCCACAUGGACACCAGUUCCUGACGAACGAGUGCCCAAGCCCAGGCCUGGUUGCUGUGCUGGCUCUACAUCGUUAGAAAAAUAUGUAACCUCUAAUGAGUUCCCGGAUGAUACUCUGAACUUCAUCAAAACACAUCCACUGAUGGACGAGGCUGUGCCUUCCAUUGUCAAUCGACCCUGGUUCUUGAGAACGAUGGUCAGAUACCGCCUGACCAAAAUUGCUGUGGACUCUACUGCUGGGCCCUAUCAAAACUACACAGUGGUUUUCUUGGGAUCAGAGAAGGGAAUCAUCCUGAAGUUCUUGGCACGGACAGGAAACAGUGUAAAUGAUAGCCUUUUCCUGGAGGAGAUGAACAUUUACAAUCCUGAAAAGUGUAGCUAUGAUGGCGUGGAGGACAAGCGGAUAGUGGGCAUGCAGCUCGACAAGCCCAGCAGCACCCUGUACGUCGCCUUCUCCACCUGUGUCGUCAAGGUUCCUCUGGGACGCUGCGAGCGCCAUGGCAAAUGCAAAAAGGCCUGCAUAGCAUCCAGAGACCCCUACUGCAGAUGGGUGAAGGAGAGCGGGGCAUGCAUGCAGCUGGUGCUUGGCUCCAAACUGACAUUUGAACAGGACAUAGAACAUGGCAAUACAGAUGGCCUGGGUGACUGCCAAAAUUCCUUCGUAGCCCUGAAUGACAUUUCAACUCCUUCACCUGGUCAUGAAAUAUCUUACGACACAAUUUAUGGACACUCCAGUUCCCUAGUCCCAAGCACCACCACUUCCGACUCUCGCACUCGACAGGGUUAUGAUGCUAGGGGACGCAUGCUGAAUUGGAAGGAUCCGCUUGGUUCAUCUGAAAAUACAGAUCCAUAUGUGGCAGUUUCAUCCCAUAAUCAUCAAGACAAGAAGG